AUGUCAGAAUUAAGCUGUCAUUAUAAAUUUAGAAGAAAAAUUUCUUUUUUCCUACAUUUCUUCUUCUUAUUUUACUAUCUAUUCUUCUUAAACUCUGGUGUUACGGGAUUUAACUAUGCGAAAAGAACAUAUGUGAGGAAUUUACUAGGAAAUCAUUUCCAUCCUUUGCAUCGGUUUCCAUAUCAUCAUUAUUUCUAUAAUAAUUAUCGGAAUCGUCCUUUAUGGCGGGAGAAUUAUUCUGUUAAUAUCAAAUCAAGAAGGACAUACAACGAUCAUGUCACUAGUUUUCAUGAGUUGUGUAAUAAAUCACAUGUCCAGUGUAACCAGUUAGCUGGCAAACUAUUUUUCAGAAAAUAUAAAAGAUUUCUAACCUACUCUCGACAACAAAAACGACAAAAGCUAACAACAAAUCCCGAUGAAGUAUAUCAACAUUUCAGCUUGUAUGACCUUCAUAAAACUAGUCCAAACUUUAAACAACAUUCAUUUAUCAAGGUGUCCAACCUACCCAACUAUAUAUCAUUUUAUUCAGAAGGUAAAAAUUUAAGGAAUAUAUUUCAUUUAGUUGAAUCAAAUCAAAUAAGUUUAUCAAAAUGGUUGAAUCAACUAUUUCAUUUAACAAAUUUAACAAAAAUUUUCGAUUUAACAGAAAAAUUUACACAUUUUAUCAUCAAUAUAGCCUAUGAAAGAGUUAAGCUAAUCCUCUUUUGUGAAUUUAAAGAAACACUACAAAAGUUAUAUGAAAUGAGAUGGCCAAACGAACAAUUUCACACGAAGUCUUCAUCGUCGUCUAUUUCGAAAGAAUUACUAAGGAAUUCAAUUUAUAAUAAAUUAUAUUCAGAAUAUGUUUUUAAUAAACUUGACGUACCCAUCACUUCAAUAAAACCAAAGUUGAUACAGUCAAUUUUUAAUGAAAUUGAUUAUAAUGGAGACGGGAUCUUUACACCAUCAGAGCUGGAAAUCUUUUUACAAUUCCAUGAAAUAAUACCUUAA